GGCGGUGACGCGACGAAGGCCGCAACGUGAGUAGGACCGGAAAAGGUUUCGAGGCCACUUCCGGAUCAUGGGUCUCCGCCCCCUCGUUCCCGGAAGUUGAACACAGCGGCGUUGCCAUGGCGGCGUCUCUGGGUAGGUAGCCGGCCCCGCCCCUCUAUGGAUUUCCCGACCCUCGCCUCGAAUUCAUUUCCUGCGCCACAUCUACCCUCUAACCCCGACCCCUGCUACAACCCCAGAGGCCGGACUCCUGGAUUCAUUUCCCCAGCUUCCCUGGGCCUGCCUUAGCCGCCAGUCGCAGCCGAGGCGAAAAGAGCGAAGGAGGGAAGUGGGGGCGGCUAGCUGGGGCUAGAAGGCCAGGAGAGGGCGGGGUGGGCGGCCGUUUGGGGUGAGGGUCAGGGUGACUCACUCGUCUGCAUUCAGGGCAGGUGCUGGCUCUGGUGCUGGUGGCCGCUCUGUGGGGUGGCACGCAGCCGCUGCUGAAGCGGGCCUCCGCCGGCCUGCAGCGGGUUCAUGAGCCGACCUGGACCCGGCAGUUGCUACAGGAGAUGAAGACCCUCUUCUUGAAUACUGAGUACCUGAUGCCCUUUCUCCUCAACCAGUGUGGGUCCCUUCUCUAUUACCUCACCUUGGCAUCGACAGAUCUGACCCUGGCUGUGCCCAUCUGUAACUCUCUGGCCAUCAUCUUCACACUGAUUGUUGGCAAGGCCCUUGGAGAAGAUAUUGGUGGAAAACGAGCAGUUACUGGCAUGGUGCUCACCGUGAUAGGAAUUUCACUCUGCAUCACGAGCUCAGUGAGUAAGACCCAGGGACAACAGUCUACCCUUUGAGUGGGCUGAACCCACCUCCAGCUCUGCUGCCUCCAGGAAGCCCCUGGGCCGUGAAGUGCUGGCAGUGAGCGGAUGGACCUAGCACUUCCCCUCUCUGGCCUUAGCUUCCUCCUCUCUUACGGGGAUAACAGCUACCUCAUGGAUCACAAUAAGAGAACAAGAGUGAAGGAGUUUUGUAACCUUCAAGUGCUGUUCAGCUGCAGGGAUUUAGCACAGGAGACUCUACGCUCACCCUCAGCAACCUUGCUGCCCCAGCAGCUCUCUUCCUGCUGACAUCUCAGGCCCCCAGCCCAGCCACCAUUACUGUGGCCUGAUCUGGACUAUCACGGUGGCAGGUUCCAUGGACUGCAGAACCCCAGCUGCAUGGAAAGGGCCAGCUGCAGACUUUGAGCCAGAAAUGCAAACGGGAGGCCUCUGGGGCUCAGUCAGAGCGCUUUGGCCGAAUGAGGGGUGGAACCGAGGGGAAGAAGGUGCGUCGGAGUGGCAGAUGCAGGAAAUGAGCUAUUAGCCUUGCCUGCCCCACCCAUGAGGUGGGCAGAAAUCCUCACUGCCAGCCCCUCUUAAAACAGGUAGAGAGCUGUGAGCCCCAGCCCCACCUGACUCCAGCACCCAGCACACCUGGCGAGUAGUAGCUGUCAAUAAAUCUGUGGUAAACAGACA